UAAAAGUGUCGCGGGGGGGGGGGGAGGUCCUCCCUUUCCCCUCCCUUCCUGCAAGAGGGCGAGGGGGCUGUCGUCUUCUUUGCAAAUGCUGCCUCGGCGGCGCCUUCUGCGGGCUGGCCUCCUGAGAGCACAGAUGGAUGAGCAAGACCCAGCUGGCCCUGAAGCAGGAAGAGGCCAUGCCAUGGAAACUGGAAGCCAUGGGGGAUUCUGGGAAAACUCAGUGCAGUUGGGUGAGGUGGACACUCUUCGCUCAGAUGUGCAGAGCCAGCAGUUGAGACAGUUCUGCUCCCAUGAGGCCAAAGGACCCCGAGAGGUUUGCAGCUGGUUCUACCACCUUGACCGUCAGUGGCUGAAGCCAGAAAGGCACACGAAAGCUAAGAUGUUGGACCUGGUUAUCUUGGAGCAGUUCCUGGCUGUCCUUCCAGCGGAGAUGGAGAGCUGGGUGAGGGAAUGCGGAGCGGAGACCAGUUCCCAGGCAGUGGCCCUGGCCGAAGGUUUCCUCCUGAGUCAGGCAGAGGAGAGGAAGCAGGAAAAGGAUCUGGUUGCAGAAAUGGGCUCCAAUUACUCUGAGGCAGAGAGGACUCCGUUGGACAUCAGAGAGAGUUCACUAGGUGAAAGAAGAAUGCCGGCAAGACCUCCUCACCCGUCUUUUCCUGGUGGUGGAGAGGAAGCAGCAGCUGUAGAAGCAGAUCAGGGUCCUCUGUGCUUUGAAGAUGUAGCUGUGCAUUUCACAGAGGAGGAGUGGGAGUUGUUGGAUCCUGACCAGAGAGCUUUGCAUAAGGAAGUCAUGGAGGAGAAUCUUAGGAACAUGCCCUCCCUCGGUGGUGAUGAAUUGGGAAUGAAUAACAGGGGAGAACAUGAAAAAAUCAACACAGUGCAGAAACCACAUAAAUAUGUGGAGUGUGGAGAGAGCUCUAUCACCCUUUCCACUUCUCAUCAAAUAAUUCAUAUAGGGGAGAAACCAUAUCAGUGCUUGAAAUGUGGAAAGAGCUUCAACCGGAAGGGAAGUCUCACUGCCCAUCAGAGAAUUCAUACAGUGGAGAAACCAUUUCAAUGUCAAGAGUGUGGAAAGAGCUUCAGUUGGAAGACAAAUCUCACUUCCCAUCAAAGAAUACACACAGGGGAGAAACCACAUCAGUGCUUGGAAUGUGGAAAGAACUUCUCCCGCAAGGAAAGUCUCGUUUUCCAUCUAAUAAUUCAUACAGGGGAGAAACCCUAUCAAUGUUUGGAAUGUGGAAAGAGCUUCAGUCAAAGGGGCAAUCUCACGUUCCAUCAAAGAAUCCAUACAGGGGAGAAACCCUAUCAAUGUUUGGAAUGUGGAAAGAGCUUCACCCACAAGCAAAGUCUCAAUUCCCAUCAAAGUAUUCAUACAGGGCACAAGCCGUAUCAGUGCCUAGAAUGUGGAAAGCGAUUUGGUCGGAGAUCCUAUCUCACUUCCCAUCAAAGACUUCAUACAGGGGAGAAACCAUAUCAGUGCUUGGAAUGUGGAAAGAGCUUCAAUCAGAGCUCUGGUCUCACAUCCCAUCAAAGAAUUCAUACAGGGGAGAAACGUUUUCAGUGCUUCAAAUGUGGAAAGAGCUUCAUUCACAAGGCUAGUCUCACUUCCCAUCAAAGAAUUCAUACAGGGGAGAAACCAUAUCAAUGCUUCGAAUGUGGAAAGAACUUCAGAAAAAGUGUCCAUCUGACUUUCCAUAAAAGAAUUCAUACAGGGGAAAAACCAUAUCACUGCUUGGAUUGUGGAAAGAGCUUCAGUAGAAAGGACAAUCUCACUUCCCAUCAAAGAAUCCAUACAGGGGAGAAAUUGUAUCAGUGCUUGGAUUGUGGAAAGAGCUUCAGCAGAAAGGACCAUCUCACUUCCCAUCAAAGAAUUCAUAUGGGGAGAAACCAUAACAGUGCUUGGAAUGUGGAAAGAGCUUCAGAGGACCAUGCCCACUUUCCAUCCCAGAACUCACGGCAGGGAGAAUACUGUCGGAUUUCAGAGCUCCCCGUUGGUCGAUCUUUGUGUCGCGGGGGGGCAGGUCCUCGCUUUCCUCCCCCCUUCCUGCAAGAGGGGGAGGGGCUGUCGUCUCCUUUGCAAAUGCUGCCUCGGCGGCGCCUUCUGCGCGCUGGCUUCCUGAGAGGUCAGAUGGAUGAGAGAGACUCAGCUGGCCCUGAAGGAGGAAGAGGCCCGGCCAUGGAAACUGGGAGCAGUCGGGGAUUAUGGGAAAACUCAGUGCAGAAGCUCCCAGGAGAGGAGCACACCCUCCGCUCAGAUGUGCAGAGCCAGCAGUUCAGGCAGUUCUGUUCCCAGGAGGCCAAAGGACCCCGUGAGGUUUGCAGCCAACUCUACCACCUUUGCCACCAGUGGCUGAAGCCAGAAAGGCACACGAAAGCUGAGAUGCUGGACCUGGUGAUCUUGGAGCAGUUCCUGGCUGUCCUUCCAGCGGAGAUGGAGAGCUGGGUGAGGGAAUGCGGAGCGGAGACCAGUUCCCAGGCCGUGGCCCUGGCCGAAGGUUUCCUCCUGAGUCAGGCGGAGGAGAGGAAGCAGGUGGAGAAGAAGCAGGAAAAGGAUCUGGUUGCAGAAAUGGGCUCCAAUUACUCUGAGGCAGAGAGGACUCUGUUGGACAUCAGAGAGAGUUCACUAGGUGAAAGAAGAAUGCCGGCAAGACCUCCUCACCCGUCUUUUCCUGGUGGUGGAGAGGAAGCAGCAGCUGUAGAAGCAGAUCAGGGUCCUCUGUGCUUUGAAGAUGUAGCUGUGCAUUUCACGGCUGAGGAGUGGGCGUUGUUGGAUCCUGACCAGAGAGCUUUGCAUAAGGAAGUCAUGGAGGAGAAUCGUGGGAUCAUGGCCUCCCUUGGUGGUGUUGAAUUGGAAAUGAAGAACAAGGGAGACCAUGACAAAAUUCACACAGUAGAGAAACCAUAUGAAUAUUUGGAGUGUGGAGAGAACUCCAUCUCCCUUUCCACUCCCUAUCAAAUAAAUCCUAUUGGGAUGAAACCAUAUCAGUGUUUGGAAUGUGGAAAGAAAUUCAGUCAGAGCUCCAAUCUCACUUCCCACCAAAGAAUUCAUACCGGGGAGAAACCAUAUCAGUGCUUAGAAUGUGGAAAGAGAUUCAGUCAGAGCUCCAAUCUCACUUCCCACCAAAGAAUUCAUACCGGGGACAAACCCUAUCAGUGUUUGGAAUGUGGAAAGAGAUUCAGUCAUAGCUCCGGUCUCACUUCCCAUCAAAGAAUUCAUACCGGGGAGAAACCCUAUCAGUGUUUGGAAUGUGGAAAGAGCUUCAGUCAAAGCUCCAGUCUCACUUCCCAUCAAAGAAUUCAUACAGGGGAGAAACCCUAUCAGUGCUUCGAAUGUGGAAAGAGCUUUAGUCACAUGGCCAUUCUCACUUCCCAUCAAAGAAUUCAUACAGGGGAGAAACCUUAUAAAUGCUUUGAAUGUGGAAAUAGCUUCAGAAAAAGCAUCCAUCUCACGGUCCAUCUAAGAAUUCAUUCAGGGCAGAAGCCAUAUCAGUGCUUGGAAUGUGGAAAGAGCUUCGGUACAAAGAAUCAUCUGACUAUCCAUCAAAGAAUUCAUACAGGGGAGAAACCCUAUCAAUGCUUUGAAUGUGGAAAGAGCUUCAUUCACAAGGUCAGUCUCACUUCCCAUCAAAGAAUCCAUACAGGGGAGAAACCCUAUCAGUGUCUGGAAUGUGGAAAGAUCUUCAGUCACAGUGGCUCUCUCAGUUUACAUCAAAGAAUUCAUACAGGGCAAAAGCCAUAUCUGUGCUUAAAAUGUGGAAAGAGAUUCGAUCGGAGCUCCACUCUCACCAACCAUCAAAUAACUCAUACAGGGGAGAAAUCAUAUCAGUGCUUGGAAUGUGGAAAGAGCUUCACCCAGAAGCAAAGUCUCACUGCCCAUCAGAGAAUUCAUACACUGGAGAAACCAUUUCAAUGUCAAGAGUGUGGAAAGAGCUUCAGUUGGAAGGAAAGUCUCAAUUCCCAUCAAAGAAUUCAUACAGGGGAGAAACCAUACCAAUGUUUGGAAUGUGGAAAGAACUUCAAUCAUAGCUCCAAUCUCACCUCCCAUCAAAGAAUCCAUGCAGGGGAGAAACCCUAUAAGUGUCUGGAAUGUGGAAAGUGCUUCAGUCGGAAGGACAAUCUCAUUUCCCAUCAAAGAAUCCAUAUGGGGAGAAACCAUAACAGCGCUUGGAAUGUGGAAAGAGCUUCAGAGGGCCAACCUCACUUUCCAUCCAAGAACUCUCAGCAGGGAGAAUAGUUGAAUUGUACGAUCAUAGUGUUGAAAGACGGAGACAGCAUCUUAAAAAGCAGAGACAUCAGCUUGCCGACAAAGGUCCGUAAAGUUAAAGCUAUGGUUUUCCCAGUAGUGGUGUAUGGAAGUGAAAGCUGGACCAUAAAGAAGGCUGAUCGCUGAAGAAUGGAUGCUUUUGAAUUAUGGUGCUGGAGGAGACUCUUGAGAGUCCCAUGGACUGCAAGAAGAUCAAACGUAUCCAUUCUUAAGGAAAUCAGCCCUGAGUGCUCCCUGAAAGGACAGAUCGUGAAGCUGAGGCCCCAAGACUUUGGCCACCUCAUGAGAAGAAAAGACUCCCUGGAAAAGACCCUGAUGUUGGGAAAGAUGGAGGGCACAAGGAGAAGGGGACGACAGAGGACGAGAUGGUGGGAAAGUGUUCUCGAAGCUACCAGCAUGAGUUUGACCAAAGUGCGGGAGGCAGUGGAAGACAGGAGUGCCUGGCGUGCUCUGGUCCAUGGGGUUACAAAGAGGUGGACACCACUAAACAACCAAAACAGUGUUGGAAGGGACUCUGAGGGUCAUCUAAUGUAACCCCAUGCAUUGCAGGAAGCUCAGCUAAAGCAUCCAUGACCAGGGCUGAUAUUUUUCAGCUGGAGCUCACCAGAGCUCUGCUCUGGCUCCUCUCAGGUGGGUGCCAUUGCCAUUCUAGGAAAACAAGGGAGAAGUUCAUGGUGUGUUCUGGCACCUCUUUUUCUAGAAAAAUAGCACUGUCUGUGACAGAUCGUCAUUCAGCCUCUCCAAUCAAGAACAGUCCAGCACCUUCUGCUGAAGUCUGUUCUACAGUGAUAUCACACUUUCUGUUAGAAAGUUAUGCCUGCUAUUUAGCUGGAAUCUCCUUUCCUGUAACUUGAAGUCAAUGGCCUCAGUCCUAACCUCUGUGGCAGGAGAAAA